AUGAGGAUCUUCCUGUCUCUCCUGAAAAACGCCCACCCCAAAAUCGAGUACUACUCCAGGUUCUCUCCCUCCCCGCUCUCCAUCAAGCAGUUUUUGGAUUUUGGCAGGGAGAAUGCCUGUGAGAAAACCUCCUACAUGUUCCUGCGGAAGGAGCUGCCGGUGCGGCUGGCCAACACCAUGCGGGAGGUCAACCUGCUGCCCGAUAACCUGCUCAGCCAGCCGUCCAUCAGGCUGGUCCAGAAAUGGUACAUGCAGAGCUUCGUGGAGCUGCUGGAUUAUGAGAGCAGAAAGCCGGAGGACCCUCACACGCUAAACGAUUUCCUGGAGUUAUUGAUCGAGAUCCGCAACCGCCACAACGACGUGGUGCCCACCAUGGCUCAGGGCGUGGUGGAAUACAAGGAGAAGUUCGGCUUCGACCCCUUCAUCAGCAGCAACAUCCAGUACUUCCUCGACCGCUUUUACACCAACCGCAUCUCUUUCCGCAUGCUCAUCAACCAGCACACCCUCCUGUUUGGCAACGACACCAACCCGGCCCACCCCAAACACAUCGGCAGCAUCGACCCCAGCUGCAGCGUGGCCGAGGUCGUCAGCGAUGCCUACGACACUGCGAAGAUGCUGUGCGAGAAGUACUACUUAGCCUCUCCCGAGCUCAAGAUCGAGGAGUUCAACAUGAAGGCUCCUCAGAAGCCCAUCCAGGCCGUGUACGUGCCCUCCCAUCUGUUCCACAUGCUGUUCGAGCUGUUCAAGAACUCAAUGAGGGCGACGGUGGAGCUCCACGAGGACAGCAAAGAGGGGUUACCGCCCGUGAAGGCCAGAGUCACGCUGGGCAAAGAGGAUCUCUCAAUAAAGAUCAGUGAUAGAGGAGGAGGAGUCGCUCUGAGGAAGAUCGACCGUCUGUUUAACUACAUGUACUCCACUGCCCCGACGCCGAGCCUGGAGCCAGGCGCCGUCCCACUGGCUGGUUUUGGCUACGGCCUGCCCAUCUCGCGGCUUUAUGCUCGCUACUUCCAGGGCGACCUGAAGCUCUACUCCAUGGAGGGAGUGGGCACCGAUGCUGUAAUCUACUUGAAGGCUCUGUCCAGCGAGUCCUUUGAGCGUCUGCCUGUCUUCAACAAGUCGGCGUGGCGGCAUUACAAAACCAGCGCGGAGGCGGACGACUGGAGCAACCCCAGCAAGGAGCCCCGCGAUGCCAGCAAGUCCAUUUUCAAAGCCAACAGAUAG